GCAGUACAGAGACUGUCAUCACGAAAGUUGUUCGGCUUGAUGAGAUCUAUGUUAUGUGUGUGAAUUUUGGUAGGUCAAACGGUGUGCUCUACAGAGUGCCUCAAAAUUAACCCUUUUAAAGGCUGCGCCUUAGUGGCUUGGGCCAAUAUUUGCAUUUCAUGCACUCACGGUACUACACAGAGAAGCGUCCCACACCACACAGACCUCAGGGUCUUCCGGUCUAUUACGGAUGUUGUGUUUGGAUAUACCAGGACCCGACAACAGACCACCACGAGGACCAUAAGCAGAUGCAUUAAAUAGAAAAAAUAAUUACUCGACACGAAUAUUCAUACGGUUGCAAUGCUCUGAGGCAAAUGGACAUACUUGUAACAACCAACAAUAAAUGACCGUGAGCGAGCCAGGGACUAAGCGCGCCGACCACAUCGGCAUUUCAUAAGAGCAUUGUAUGUCCAAUAAACCAUUUGGGUACCAUGGAUGGCGAGUUACCACCAUGGAAUAAACAUGGAAGCCAUAACAGCAGGGUUCCCUAUGAUACAGCAGGGGAAAGUCAGGAGGAGCAUGACGUGAUAGGAGACAGUUUUGCUGCUGGAGAACAAAUGACACCACUGGCAUCUUGUAUGAGUGGUGCAUUUAAGGCUUUGCUACCAGAUUACCAUGGAACUUCUUCAGCAAUGUUAACAAACUCUGAUAAAUAUUCCUAUUCUCCUGAUAAUCAUUGUCUCAUCCAACCUGACACUGCAGUGGAUGAAAAGUUAGAAGUGGAGAGAAGGGAAGAAAGUGAUUGUUUUAAAGACCCUUUGGGUGAAGCAUUAGCUAGUGCCACACAUAUGGGUCCUCUCAGGUGUGCCCAAUAUGUGACGCAUGAAAAGAACAGAGAAGUGGACCAGGGAAAUGGUAACUGGACAUCAGUGAUCAAAGAUUCUUUAGAGAUGAGUAAUGGAAUGGAAAUGGAACAGACUUUAUCCAUGGAUGAACGUGGCCCUUUAAUGGACUAUAAUCCUAUAUAUAAAGUACCUGAAACUGAGGCAAAUUUUAGAUUUAAGGACCACUAUCAGAUUGCAGGUUCCAAACUAAAUGAGAAGAUGGAUGGGCAAGGAGUAAAAGAAAACUCGGAUUCCUUUAUGUCAAUGUUGUCAGAUGACAAUAGUAAAAAUAAAGAUGUUCUGGAAAUGGGGAAACAUGAGGAGCCAAGCAUAUUAAAUGCUGGAUCAUCUCUAGGAAAAGAAGAACUUGCAAUUACUGAAAUCAGAAAACAUGAGCCAGGGUUAUCACCAGAAUUCAACAGGAGUUCAUUCAUUUCUUUUUCUUCAUCAGAAAGUCUUAUGAAAAGCGAACAGUUUCCAGGUAAUCCUUUGCACAAUCAGUCUGUUGAUCACACCCUCCAGGGAACAACACAACAAUGUGGGCUAUCGUGCAAAGGUGUCAGUCCUAGAAAAACUGCCAGCACAAAUACUGGCUUCAAACAUGCAGAAGCAAACAUUGAAACUGCUCCUGAAAGUUCUACUGUAUAUGGUCUUCAUCAUCUUGAUCUUCAAAAGGGCUGUCACCAAGCAGAGGUUACAGAUGGAAAAACUUUAGUUAAUUCUCAGGAUCUUUCCUCACAGCACAAUGUGCAAGAUGAGAGAGUAAAGACAAGCAAUCAGCAUGUCUCUGAGACUACAGUAAUAAAACAAAAUGCUGCAGAUCUGCCCAACAGUCAAUACUUGGGCACUAAGCUAAAAAAGCAAGUUUAUGAUCUUCUACCCACUCCAGCCUCAGUGGGCAGUCAAAACACAGCUGUGGUGGAAUGUGAAAAUGAAAAACUGCGGAUCCCAAUAGAAGAAAGGCUCUCGGAGAACAGUCUACCUGUGCCAGGAAAAAUAGAAACUAAUGAUAUUCAAGAGACAUCUAUAAACACAAAAACAAAAUGUGCUCCUGAAAUUCAGAAUUCUUCUUCAGAAUCAGAGACAGUUCAAGAUCUACCCGUUUUAUCCAACAGAAUUCAUGCUGAUUGUAAAUGCCAAGAUUCUCAGUUUGAGCCAGUCGAAAGUGGCAAGUUAAAUGAGCUUUGUUUUCAAGAGAGCAAUUCAAAAAAUGUGACAUUGACACUUACCUCAACUUCUGUGUUUACUCAAAGAAAUGCAGAUGAAUGUGAUAUUAAUGUCCAAGAAAAACAAAACCCAAUAAGUCUAAGUACGGUUCUUCUGCCUUUUAACGAGAAUGUAAAAAACUCUGAAAGAAGUGAAAAGGUAUUUCUCAGCAUUACUUCAGAAAGCAGUAUUCCUCCAUCUACUGAGAAUAUUCAGGAAGCUCCAUCUACUCCCACAUCAAGGACGGAGUGCUCCUCUCAGCAUAACCUACAGAAAGCAUCGCAAAGGCAUAAGAAAGCAAGAAAAAGAAAACAAUCUGAACUUGAGGCAUUAAAAGGACCAAUACACAAAUCUAAUAAAAGAGAUGACUGUUCUAUGUAUGGAUCAGAAAAACUAGACAGUGCUGUCAAACUAGACACAACAGGAUGUGAGAAAGCUAAUCAAAUUUUUUUAUUGGCUGAUUAUGACAGCACUGCACCAAAAGAGGACUUAAUUACAUAUGGUGAUGUAAACCCACCUGCACCAAGGAAAAAAUGUCGGAUGGUACAACUUAAGCUACUGGAAGAUACAGCAGAGACCUCACAAAAGCCUGAUCAGAGCUGUUCUGAAGCCACACAGGAAGAAGGACCAUCAAAUGCUAGGAUCAACAGGAAGGCUGUUUCUAGAAAGAAACUGAAGAAAAAAACAAGGUUACGUUUAAAGGCAAAAAAAACUGCUAUUCUUGGCAAUCAGGGUUCGUCUCAAAGCACUGUCUUGUCCCCAGAAGAGGACUGUAAAUUACUUUUUCCAGCCAGUGGCACAACUCCAAUGAAAGGAGUCGGUAAUCUAGCAGUAAUGGAACCUGCCACCUCUAGUCUAGAGUCCAUUUCAAAAAAAUUACUAAAGUCCAGAAAAAAAGCUGCAAAGCAAACACUACAAAGCAAAGAUGAUCCACAUAAAGAUGUUCCCACAAUGUUUUCAGAAGUUGAGCCAGACAAGGAUGUCAAAGGGCUUCCUUUAAAGGUUUCUACAGGAAAAAAUAGUAAUGCUACUAGUCUGCUGAAUCAAGACUCUGAGGGUCAAACAGAUUCUGUUUCAACCUCAGUGACUGAAUCUUUAAAAACUCUAAGCCCUCAGAAUAACCCAAAGAAAUCAAAGCAGAAGAAAAGAGCGCAUAUCAACAAAUCAGCAAAAACACCCAACGUGUGUCCACAAGAGGAUAUGGAAAACACGAUGACUCCUAAAACUAAAAAUGUGAAAGCAAAGAGUCCUAAGCAACCAGAUUCUGUUUCAAAUGUAGGAAAUGAAGUCGAGUCUCCUGUUAUUCUCAGCACACCAAGAAAGUCACCGAAAAAUAAAUUGUCACGGAUUAAAUGUGAAGCAAUACAUCUACCUGCAUUUGACCAAACAACAGCUCAACAAAGUGCUUUGAAUGCACUCGCAGAAUCUGAUGUCAGCAUUGUGCAACCAACUACAAAAAGAACAAGAAAAAAAAUUGAUAAAAAAAAUUCUCAUAAAGUCGGUGAGAACUGUGAACCCGUUCAUAUGACUCUUUCUUCAGUUGAUUCUGUGUAUGCUACAGAAACUGACUAUUCAGGUUUCAGCCAAAAGAACACAGAAAAGCCAUCAAGUAAGAGGAGAAUGACAGACAUCAAGUUUAUUGAUGCACAAUCAUCUACUACUAGCCAACAGAACGACGUCACUUUACCGCCCUCAGAAGAUUUUUCAUCUAUUGUGGUUUCAAAUCCAGAAGAGACUGUGAAAGCCAGAUUUUCUAGAAACAAAACAAAUGACAACCACUUAAAUGGUAAUUUGGUUGAAGAAACAUCUUUAUUAACAACUGUGACACAAGAAAGUUCUGUUUUACCUACAGUGAUUGACUCUUCAAGCUGUUUUAGACUAAGCAGCACAAUGAAAAAGCCAAGAAAAAAGACUGUAACCAAAAUCAAAAAUGAGACUGCAGAUAUACUCAGUGUACACCAGCAAGAAGUUCUGGCCGCAGUACCCUCAAAAUCUCAAAAAAAAUGUUUUUCAACUUCAGUUCACAGCACAGCAAAAGAAUCUAGGAAAAUGUCUGACAUUAAACACGAAGCAGUACAUACACCCUCAGCUGACAAGACAAUGCAACAAGAAAUCGAUCCAUUUGAUUUUACAUCAGCCUCAGAAACGGAUAAUUCAGAUGUUCUCAAACAAAAUAAGACAAAAGUGAGGAUAAAAAAACAGCCUAAAAAGGCCACUAAAUGCAAAACACACAUUACCCAAGCAAUCAGCGAUAUUAGAGAACAAUCUACUGUGCAACAAGAAAAUUCAGCUUCAAACAGAAAGACAAACUCAUGGUCAGAAGACAUGACAAAGAAAUGUAAGGAAAAUAAAACAUUGGCACUGGAAGUCAGCAAUGAUCAACCAGAGGAUGUGGUUCUGCCUCCACCAAUAUAUCAGAGUAAGGAUGCAACACAAGACCCUUGCAUAAAGACAGACAAUGUGAAUGAAACAGCUGAAAGUCAUGUUGAAAACCAGGUUUCCAUCACAACUAAAGAUGUUGCCAGCCCUCGGGGCUCACUGAAGAAGGCAAAGAAAACACAAAAUAAACAAUUGCUUGAGCAAAAAGAAGAGAAUGAGCAAAGCAAUAACCUAGAGCUGGCUCACAGAGAGGACAAAAUGUCAGAUUUACCAUCUGUUGUGAGAGGGGUAGCCUCUGAGAAUUCUGAAACAGUCAGCUGUGACCAGCCUUUAAAGAUUGCUAAGAAGAAAUCCAAAAAAUCUAUGGAAAUUGCAGAAGCACAUGGAUUUACUAGUGUUUCUUUGUCUCAAGAGAACAAUACUGGAUCAGAUGAGGCAGGUGUCAUGGUCACUGUCACACAGGUUGCAGAUUUAUGUAAACUGUCUGAUAGUCAGACCGAAGGCUCACAGCAGCCUGAAAAAGAUGUUGCUGUGGUUGACCUCAAAGCCACAAAACCCCCUAAGAAAAGGGGUAGAAAACCUGGACGAAAGAAGAGGAAGAUGGCUUGCCUGUUAACUCAAACCAUUAAAGAAGAGGAACAUAAAGAUAUAGGUUAUGACAACAGAACUGCCUGUGAUUUUAAAAACAACACACAAAUUCAAACUUCUGAUAUUCCAGAAGAACCAGUACUGAAAUCAAGAAAAUCAACCCGGACACAAAAAGUAAAUUCAGAGUACACCUUCCAGUCAUUGAUUUGGACCCUGAUGAACCAGCAGUCUCAGACUCUCAGAAUCCUGUUCCUGAACUUCCAAAUAGUGAAAUCACUUUUCAAUCUGACAGCUCACACCUAUCUCAGGCCACUUCAGAUCAGGAAACCACCAACCUAA